AUGAAGAAGCCAAAACGCCACUCGCCGACGGCCAACGCUGACCGGCGAGUGGACCCUGAUUCCGGUGAGUUUGUCGCCAAGAUGAAGAACGGUCGCCAGAGAAGGCUUAAAAUCAGGCAAAUGAAGAUCCGCAUCAGGAAUGGCACCGCCGGCGUCUCUCCGCCUCCGGCCGAGGACCUGGAGGGAGGGAGCAGAGAGAUUCAUGAGCACGUGGAGAUAUCUUUGUCUUUGGCGGCGGCGUCGUCGUCCUCAGAGGAGGAGGAGCGGUCAUCGUCGGAGCGAAACGACGGUGUUUUGUCGUACGGGUCCACGUCUGUGAUUGGGAGCAGGAAGGAGAUGGAGGACGCGGUGAGUGCGGAGAUAGGGUUUGCUGCGAAGGAAAGAGGGAAGUACGACUUCUUCGCGGUGUACGACGGCCACGGCGGAGCGCAGGUGGCGGAGGCGUGUCGCGAGCGGUUGCACCGGCUGGUUGCGGAGGAGGUUGAGAGGAGUGAGAGUCACGUGGAAUGGGACUGGCAGGGAGUUAUGGAAGGGUGUUUCCGUAAAAUGGACAGCGAAGUCGCUGGUAAUGCGGCCGUCAGGACGGUGGGUUCCACGGCGGUUGUAGCUGUGAUCGCGGCGGAGGAGCUUGUGGUCGCUAAUUGCGGUGAUUGUAGAGCUGUGUUGGGAAGAGGAGGUGAGGCCGUGGACUUGUCUAGUGAUCAUAAGCCCGAUAGACCGGACGAGUUGAUGCGAAUCGAAGAGGCUGGUGGAAGAGUAAUUAACUGGAACGGCCAGCGCGUGCUUGGUGUUCUUGCUACUUCAAGAUCCAUAGGAGAUGAGUACCUUCGACCUUAUGUAAUAUCGGAACCAGAAGUGACAGUGACGAAGCGAAGCAACAAGGAUGAAUUUGUGAUACUAGCAAGUGAUGGAUUGUGGGAUGUUAUGUCGAGUGAAGUUGCGUGCCAAGUUGUAAGGAAAUGCCUGAAUGGACAGAUUAGGAGAAUGUGCAAUGGAGUUGGGAAGCAUGAAAACCGUGCCGCGGAGGCUGCAAGCCUCUUAGCUGAGAUUGCAUUGGCAAAGGGAAGUAGAGAUAACACCAGUGUCAUUGUAGUUGAGCUAAGAGGAACAGUAACAUAACAUCUCAGUGUGUGCAAAAACAUGUACUUUCUUCUCUUAUUCUUGCCUUCUACUUUUGGACUCAUAUCCACCCAGGUCCUGCAUCCUCAAUGCCACGAGAGAUUUCUACCACAUAAUUACGAGUACUUGGUUCACAACGUUAGUGUUUUUUCUUUUAAUAAUGGCCUCUUAUUAACUCUUGAAAUA